CCCGCCCCCUCUCAGUGGCCGUCGACGGAUGUGAGAGGGAUGCAAGAUGUACAGUAGGCGAGGGCCGGCGGCGAGACAUGGCGGAAGAAGAUACAGCAGUUCGUGUCUUACAGAGCCUGAGGGGCAAAAUCUGUGAAGCCAAGAACCUACCUCCAUACCAUGGUCCAAACAAGAUGCGUGAUUGUUUCUGUACGAUAAAACUGGACCAAGAAGAGGUUUAUCGGACAAAGGUCGUUGAUAAAUCUUUAAGUCCCUUUUAUGGUGAAGAUUUUUACUUUGAAAUUCCUCGAAGUUUCCAGUACCUCUCCUUUUAUAUUUAUGAUAAAAGUUUCUUUCAGAAGGAUGUCCCUUUUGGUAAAGUAUCAAUCCGAAAGGAAGAUCUGUGCAAGUACAACUGUCAGGAUAACUGGUUUGCACUGCAGCUUGUUGACGCUAACUCUGAAGUUCAGGGAAAAGUUCACCUGGAAGUAAAACUUAAUGAACUAAUAACAGAGACAGGAUCAGUUUGUCAGCAACUGGUAGUACGCCAAAACAGUAUUCCACAGUGUGCAUCCAUGGUAAUUGAAUGCCAAGGACUUCCUCUUGUAAGUGGACAAAGUGGUGAUCCCUAUGCCUCUGUUUCUCUGGUUGGCCCUUCUAGGCUGGAUCAAAAAAGGACCAAAGUAAAGAAGAAAACCAGCAACCCACAGUUUGAUGAAACGUUCUAUUUUGAAGUAACAAGGAAUAGCAGUUACACUAGGAAAUCUCAUUUUCAAGUUGAAGAGGAAAAUAUUGAAAAACUGGAAAUCAGAGUUGAUCUGUGGAACAAUGAAAACCUAGUGCAAGAUAUUUUCCUUGGUGAGAUUAGAGUUCCUGUGAAAAUUUUAAAGAAUGACAACUGCCAUCGGGCAUGGUACUUACUACAACCGAAGGACAAUGGAAACAAGUCUGCAAAAUCAGAAGACUUAGGUUCACUGCGACUGUCCAUAUCCUACAAUGAAGAUUACGUGCUCCCUUCCAAGUACUACAGCUCUCUUAAUGACUUGCUGCUAAUGUCAUCAGAUGUUAAGCCUAUAUCUGCCUCAGCAGUUCAUAUCCUGGGUGAGGUGUGUCGUGAGAAGCAAGAAGCAGUAUUGCCACUUGUACGCCUGCUGUUGCAUCACAGGAAGCUGGUUCCUUUCCUUAGUGCCAUAGCUGAGUUGGAUCUUCAGCAGACACAGGAAGCCAACACUAUCUUCAGGGGAAAUACUCUGGCCACACGCUGUAUCGAUGAAACAAUGAAACUCGUUGGAAAGCAUUAUCUGAAAGUGACUCUGAAAACAAUUUUAGAUGAAAUUUGUGACUCCUGUAAAACCUGUGAGAUUGAUCCUGUUAAGCUAAAGGAAGGCGAUAAUGUUGAGGUGAAUAAGGAGAACCUUCACCAGUAUGUUGAAAGAGUAUUCAAUGUGAUUGUCAAGUCCAGUAUGAGUUGUCCCACAUUAAUGUGUGAGGUGUUUAAUUCACUACAAAACUUGGCAAGGAAGCAGUUUCCAGACGAUCCCCAUGUGAAAUACUCUGCUGUAAGCAGUUUUGUUUUCCUUCGAUUCUUCGCAGUUGCAGUGGUCUCCCCUCACAGUUUCCAUCUUCGACACCAUCAUCCAGAUGCUCAGACAACUCGAGUGUUGACCUUAAUUUCCAAAACAAUCCAAACCUUGGGAAGCUGGGGCAGUUUAUCCAAAAACAAACUGUCAAGUUUCAAGGAGUCCUAUAUGUGUGAUUUUUUUAAACUGUUUCAAGAAGAAAAAUGCAUUGAGUCAGUUAAAAAGUUUAUAGAUGAAAUAUCUUCUGCAGAAAGUAAAGAGCCCACUGGUGUAGAUCAACUAGUAAUCCUUAAAGAAGGAGAAGUCGUUAAAAGAGCUCAGGGAAGAAAUCGGCUCCGUAAAGUGCAUAAUUUUAAGAAGCGAUGGCUCCGUUUGACCAACAGAGAGAUCUCUUAUCACAAACAAUCAGGUAAAGAGUCCCUCUACAGUAUCCUGAUAAAGAACAUUAUUGCAGUUGAGAAACUUGAAGAAAGAUGCUUCAACAGAAAAAAUAUGUUCCAAGUCCUCAGUAUUGAAAGACCUGAAAGACCGCUUUAUGUUCAAGCCGGCAACUGUGUGGAGGCCAAUGAAUGGAUUGAGAUAAUCACCAGGGUGAGCCGUUGCAAUCCCGAGAGGCUGCAAGUUUACCAUCCUUGUGCUUAUAUAUCUGGAAGCUGGAUCUGUUGCAAAAAUACAGAUGAGAAAGCUGCUGGUUGCACAAGCUGCACUGGGGGUUCUCCAGCAAAUAUCCAGUUAGCUAUUGACUGUGACCGGGAAGCUGAAAGGAUAUUUUCACUGUUUCGUGCCAACCUGCCCAGGCUACAGAAGAUGGAAGAUGCUUGUGGGAGUAUAGAUGUCUAUCAAGGUCCUCAACUGGAACAGGAUGAAUAUGCCCACUUUACUAUUGAAGAUUCAAGAGUCACCUUUAAAACUCUUCAACAAAUAAUCACGGUCGUGAAUAAUUUGGCUACGUUUCAUGAACAGUACCGAAUUAAAAGGUCAACAAGUGCGAUAUAUGGCAGCGAAGAAAAUCCUAUCGGAGCAAAAUAAUCCCAACUGAAGAUGGAACAUUGUAACUGCUGAAGCUAUACAGGAAAUGCCUGUGGAAAUUACUUAUUCUUUUUGUCAUUCCUGUAUUGGUGUAAGUAUUGGAGAGGCUGGUCUUCGGUAGACAUACAGAAUGUUUUACUGAUGACUAACAUUUAUGUGAAACCCACAAAAGAGCCCAAUGCACUUUAGUCAUCUGAACUUUCCCAGGUGAUCUUAAUUUAUAUAUUUUUUAAAAAACUGAUAUUAGUAUCAAUUUAAUCAGAUCAGUUGAAUGAUCCGUUUGGUUAUAACGUGGUUAUUCAUUGUGUCCAUUCUGUUUGUUUCAUUUAAUUUUUGCUGUGGAACACAUCUGAGGAGCUGCCUGAAAUUUCUUAAUUGCCAUGUUUUUAUGUAGUUUAAUUUUUGUUUCAUCUUUUAGUGAAAAAUGAACCAAGUGGAAGUUGUUAAAUAUUCAUUCUAAUACCCCAAGAGUCUCAUUUCCACUGAUGGCCAGAAUUAUCCAGAUUAUAUUCCAUCGUAAUUGUAAUGCUCUUUUAAGUUUUCAUGACAUGGUUUUUUUCAGUGCUCCUCCUGUAGGCUGUGAGCAGGUUGAGCCUUGUUAUCUCCUGCAUAUGCUGCUAUUCAGAGUCGAAUAUCACGCCAUAUCAUUGCUAUCAUCUCAAAAGAUUGUAGCUUUCAUGAUUACUUGAAUAUUUUUGAUUGUAGCAUCAAGAACAUAAUAAUAUUUUCCAGAUGUUAAUAGCCUGGAUGAUAUGAAAAACAAAGCUUACAGCAUUUCAUCUGAAAAAUUGGAUUUUAACUAUAAAAAUAACUUCAUAUUUCCAGGUGCAUCAAUAAACAAAGGUACUAAUAGAAGAAUGCAGGUUUAUGGUGGGAACUUUUUAUUUCAGUCAUCAUAAUAGUUGGUAGAUUAUAAAAUAAGCAUACACAAAAGCUGCACUUUUGUGUCCACUAACAUCAAGCAAUUUGUGUGUCAUGUCAAUUUCCCAAAGGCCACGAUGAAUGCUGGUGUGUAGGUGUACAACCCUCCAGCACCGUUCAUCCAAGUAAACAUUCUUGUAUGGCAACCCUUAUAAUUUUAACUGUUGUUUUAAUGUAACCUGCCUAUUUCUCUGAAAAGAAGAGUUUCAAAAUUUAGAUUAUAUGCAGCAAGGCCCAAAAGUUCUAGGUGACCACCCAACAGAAUAGUUUACCAGUGGUAGUCGUGGAAGCGGAGUCAUUAGUGACAUUUAAGCGACUGCUGGACAUGCACAUGGACAGCAGUGAAUUGAGGGGAAUGUAGGUUAGGUUAUUUUAUUUUUGGAUUAGGAAUAUUCCACGGCACAACAUCGUGGGCCGAAGGGCCUGUACUGUGCUGUACCUUUCUAUGUUCUAGAAUUGAAAUAAUAAAAAGUCCCUGUUUCCUUGUUAUGCACAGGUAUGUUGACUGUUUUUACCUCUCCUUACCCCUUUGUGAUUAAAGAUUUUUUGAUACUUUCACUACUUGCUGGUUUCCCGAUUAAAGUUCACAUUGCUAUUUUAUCAUUUAUUUUAAAACCAUCUGUUGGUUGACAGUUGACUCAGCCUUUUCAUUUGGUUGGGGACGUUCUCACAGUAAAAUCCAAAUUCAUUACUUUCUUCUUGUGCAUAAUUCCUUUAUGUUGGCUGGAUAGGUCUUCAAGGUAGACACACAACUAAGCCCAGUGUCGUCACCUGACAUAUAGAAUGAGAAUAAUUGAUUUUGUUUGCAGGCAUUUUUCUUUCAUCUCCCAGUUACACUCUAUAGCUUCUUCCUUACGGUAGAGACUUAUUGGUGUUCCAACCAGCUAGCGUCAGUCAACUCAAUGACAUUAAAGUUCAUAGAUUGUAGCAGAUAUGUGGGAGCACCAUCUCUUGCAAACUCCCCUCCCAUGGCACUCGCCAUCUUGAUUUGGAAAUAUGUCACUAUUCCUUCACUAUCACUGGGUCAAAAUCUUGGAAUUCCCUCCCUCAUGAAAUCAUGAGUCAACCCACAGCAGGAGGACUGCAGCGAUUCAGAAGGCAGCUCACCACCACCAUUCCAAAGGCAACUACGUAUGGGCAAUAAGUGCUGGCCCAGCUCCCACAAAUUUUUUUUAAAAAAUUGGUAUUUUCACUGUGCAAUUCGAAGAUUCGCACAGCAUUUUACUUUAAAACUACCUUUUAGGUACUUAAAUUAUUGGGAAACUGUUAACAAAGAAAUUGUGAUUACUGUUUGCCAUUUUGCAUGGAUGGUGGAAUAAGAUAUUUUAUUGUUUGAGCAGAACAGUUUGACAAACAUGGAUUUUUGAAGUGACUGAUAUGAACAUUUGAUCUUGCCUGUCUUGAAUAAUUGAAGAAUACAUUAUAGAUUGUUUAAUUAAGAAAGGUGACAAAUAAACACUCCCCAAAGAACACAACAUUCAGUAAAUGAGAUGUGGCUUUUCAUGCUUGAUUGUCAGCGCUAAUUAGUCUCUCAAUGAAUGAAACAAUGAUUCGUGAUCAUACGAUUGCUCAAGAACAUCUACAAAAGAACUUGGUACAUGAGUAGACAUUUUCCAAAAAGGUCUGCUUGGAAUUUGGAUGUUUAUAGUUUAUGCUCUUUUGAUGAAUAUUUCAGUGUGUAUAUGUUGAAAAGCCAAAUUGUUGUAUUAUUUUGUAUAUUAGCUUUACUGUCUCAAAAAGCUGUACUUUUUCAAUGUCUCAGCAUUUGUUUAUCUGCAUGUUAGUGUUUUAGGAAUGUAUUUUUAUUUAAAUUUUAUUUUCGUAUCAAAAUAUUAAAACAUGAGUUUGAAAUUUAA